AGUCGAGCGCAGUCAUUGAUUGUCACGUUUCUCAAAUAUUUAGUUCGUAAAAAUAUUCGUUUCCACGUAUGCGUAUUUACAUGAAACGAAAGUAAUCAAAAAAAUUUCAGCGUGUUCGAUGGGAAACUGUAUAACGCGUGCAUUGUCCGAUAGAUCAAUUGCUAUUGGUAGCGACGCAGCGUAACGUUGGGUGACCUGGCUAUGUUAAACCUGCGAUCACUCGGUUCAAGAGAAGAGAUUAGAAAUUAGUCAGAAUCGUGUAUAUGGUUAAAUUUCUCGGUAGAGGUAAUUAGUAAUUACCGUGUUGCAAUAUUGAAACUAAUCAACAUAAGACAUAAUAAUGAUUUUGUUGGAGAUACACAAUAGGAUAUUAGAAGAAACGUUGAGUAACAAAAUAAAAAAUGCUCUAUCUGGAUAAGUAUUUUACUUAAAUUUUAUAAACAAUUACAAGAACAUGGGGCUGAUGAACUACUUAUACGUGAAUAUGGACCUUAUCUUAUAGCCCCUGAAAAUGGUUACAAUGUCUCUGUAUUGAUAGACCUGGAAAAUUUGCCUGAAGAUUGGGAAUCAUUAGUUAAAAAAGUUGCACUUUUAAAAAGACAUUGUUUUGCCAGUGUUUUUGAAAAGUAUUUCGAUUUCCAAGAAGAGUAUUACGAUUCACCAGGUACCCAAUUGCAAAAAAGGGCAGUUAUUCAAUACAGAGACGAAGAAACAAUGUAUGUUGAAGCCAAAAGUGAUAGAGUAACGGUGGUAUUUAGCACAAUAUUUAAAGAUGAAGAUGAUAUGGUUAUUGGAAAGUUAUUUUUACAAGAAUUGAAAGAAGGAAGGCGUGCAAGUCAUACAGCUCCACAAGUUUUAUUUAAUCAUCGUGAACCACCAUUAGAAUUACAAGAUUCCGAGGCAGCUGUUGGAGACUGCAUUGGAUACAUUACAUUUGUAUUAUUUCCAAGGCAUACGAAUAGAGAAGCUCGUGAUAAUACUAUUGAUUUAAUACACAUGUUUAGAAAUUAUUUACAUUAUCAUAUUAAGUAUAGCAAAGUUUAUAUUCAUUCAAGGAUGCGCACCAAAACAACAGACUUUUUAAAAAUAUUAAAUAGAGCAAGAUCUCAAUCGAAAAAUACUGAGAAGAAGACCAUCACGGGUAGAACGUUUAUCAGGAAGGAAUGAGUGUAAACAUAAAAUUAUAUUCCUUAUAUUGUUUUAAUAAAAGAUAAAUGACAAAGCUCUCAUUUAUCAUAGAUUUGCUAGAAAUUUUUUGAUCUUCUGGCAAGAAAUAUUGUUUGUAAUGAAAGAUUCUAAUUCAUCAAAUUAAUGGGUUAAAAGCUGUCAGUCUUUGAGUCUUACCACUCAUUGUCUUUGAACAGUACAGUGUUCUUUAGAAAAGUUUAUAUUACUGUAAACAUACUUAAAAUGUAUGUGCAGUAACAAAACGCAUGAUUAAAAAACCAUUUUAUAUUGAAAUUCUUAAAGUAAUAUUACAAGAGUGCAUAAAGUCUUCGAAGAAAUCAGGGAAUACAUAGUCUGUUUGUGAAUAAAGUUAAAAAAUAUCCUGUUUUACUACUUCUACAUACAAAAUGUGAUCUUAAUGCUAUUGAUCUUUAAGAUCAAAGAUACAUAAUCGCAUGUUCUAUUUUUUUAAACAUAUUUUAUGUUUAUUAAUUUCACGAAAAUUGUUACUUCCUAUAAACUUCACGUACAACGAAAAUGUUUAAAAUAACAAGGAAUACGUGGAUUUUAUAAAGUAAUACUGAUGUAUCAUUUGUAUGUUUAAUAACGUAGCACCAUCUUUUUUGAUAAAUUAUUUUUAUUAGCUAUAUUUUAUUGUCUCUCUCAUUAACGUAUAAUUGUAAGAUAAUAAAAGUAUUAAUUCUAUAAGUGAUGUAAUUAUCAAACCUUUGUUUGUAUCAAUCGAAAAUAUUGAUCUAGUUACUAUGAAAAUUAAUACUAUUGAUUUGUAAUCAGCAAAUGGAUGUUAGGGUUGGGAGACAAGCUAAAGGUGAAAACUAGGAGUGCCAAAUACGGGUAUUCAUUAAUAACCACACUUCUUCAUUUAACACCGACACAAAAGCUACAGUAUGUGCCUCUUAGAAUUUCAGUUAUGCCUGUUCUUUCAUACAGUACACCACAUAUUCUGUUUAAAACUUUUCAUUGUAUUAAUUAUUCUUGCGAUUAAAUGAAACAGUUUUCAAUGUUAAUAUAGAUUCUAUUACAUUUUUUUAAAUAUGUAAGUACAUACAGUUAGAAUGUAUGCAUAUAUACCAUAAUGUGAUAUUAAUAUAAAGUUUUAAUUAAAAUACUUUGUUGAUAGUGUUUAGUAACAAACUUUAUAUUAUUUUACACUAUUUCUUCACUGUAAAAAUCCGUUUGAUUAAAGUUUACAUUUAUAUCAUAAUUAUAUAUGAUAUAAUUUAUUUCAUAAUUAUACAUGAUAUAAAAUAUAAUUAUAUGAUUAACAUUAUAAAGAAGUGAAAUGAAAUAACCAUAUUGAUAUUUACUUUCCAGUAAAAAAUUUUUUUACUUAAACUUUUAAGUGAUUGAAUCUUUCCAGUCAUUAAUUAUGAAGGAAUUGGAUGAAUCAACUGUCACAUCAAUUUUAUCUUCAUCUUUUUCACCAUGUUCACCUAAUGAAAUAGCAAUACGACCUGGAGAUUGUGUAGAGGGUGGAGUUGAAGAAUGGUUGGAAGAUGAAGCAUUACCAGGAUUUCGAGUUUGGCAACUUGCUGGCAUAAUUCUUUCUAUUUUACUUAGUGUACUGAUUGGACUUUGUUGUUGCAUCCGAUUUAGAAUACCACGAACUAAACAAGAAAUUGAAGCUGAUUAUAUUCGAAAAAAAAUAACAGAGAAUUUCAGACAAGAAUUAUCUAAAAUCAGUAAUACAGAAAUGGAUGAUAUGGAUCUGAAGAAAGCAUUGAAUACAAUCCAAAAUAAAUUUGAUAUGGAAAUUCAAAAAGUACAGAAAGAUCAUCAAGAAACAACAUGUAAAAAUAUGCAACAUGGAUUACGAUCAAGAUUCAAUGCAAUGUUUGGUGGAAUUCAUUUCUCUAAACAAGAAUAUCCAAGUGCUGACAGUAUAAUUUAGUGGAUUUACAAAUAAGUUAAUUAUUAUAAAAUUAGCAUUAUUAAAUAACAUAUUUACAAUUAUAGUUAAUUUUUUAAAACAGUAAUAUUAUUAGUAUUAUUACAUUUUCAUUUAGAGUUUGUAAUAUUUAUAAUUAUACAUUCAUUGUAUAAUAAGAUAUAAGAAAUAUAAUACAUCAAGCGGAAUAAAUUCUAUACAACAUUAAUUGACUAAAUAUAAUCUUUAUUUUAUGAAUAUAAUACAGAAAUUAAGCUAUCUUACAUGCAACAAUAAUCUAUAGCAAAAGAUAAUACAUUUUAGAAAGCACUUAAUAGGACUAAUGUAUAUUACCUAACACGUUUUAUUUACUUAUAUUAUUAGGUGGUUAGUAUUGUUAAAAGUGUUGUAAGUGUUAAAAGUAUUGUAAAAGAUUUUUCAUUGUUAUUAAAUAAAAUAAAUUGUUACAAAUUAUAUGUAAUUAAAUGAAAGAUUAUUCAUAAAACAAAAAUCACAGUACAAAUUUUAUAUUUUCAUGAAUGAUUACUAUUAUGUCUGCUUUUGAAUGAUUAAGUUAAUAAUGAUAGUUACAUUGAUAAAGUUAAAUUAUUUUAUAUGUAUACGAAACAAAAUUUUUAAAUAUAAUUCUUAUUGUCUCUCUCUCUCUCUCUCUCU